AUGGGCAUCCAGAAUAAGUUGGCCGAUGGCAUCGACGAGGUGGACGUUAUCAUCGCUGGAGGCGGCACAGCGGGCUGCAUCAUCGCCGGUCGUCUUGCAGAGUCUAAUCCUGACCUUUCAGUCCUGGUGAUUGAGGGUGGCGCAAACAACAAAGAUGUCGCUAGCAUCCAGUACCCGGUAUUCUACUUGCAGAACCUCCUGCCGACACAGAAGACAGCUCUCUUCUACAAAGGAAACAAGUCCAAGCAGCUCGCAGACAGGGAACCAAUCGUUCCGUCCGGCGGUACGCUGGGAGGUGGUUCAUCCAUCAACUUUAUGAUGUACACAAGGGCCCAGCGAGACGACUUUGAAUCCUGGAAGAGUGAAGGUUGGAGCGCUGACGAGAUGUUACAUCAUAUGAAGAAGUUGGAGACGUACCACGGUCCAGGAGAGAAGAAGAAUCACGGCUUCGAUGGCCCCAUCAAUGUUUCGGACGGCGGAUUCCGCGAGAAGCGUGUCGAAGAUGACUUCAUCAAGGCAGCUGGAGAGGUUGGCUAUCCAGAGAUCGAUGAUCUGCAAAGCCUGGACAACAACAACGGGGUCCAGCGAUGGCUGCGAUACGUCUCGCCCGAAGGAAAGCGACAAGACACAGCCUCCAGAUACAUUCACCCCAAGCUUGAAGACGAGGCACAUUCGAACCUGCACGUUCUCGUAGAGUCCAAGGUCGUCCGUGUACUCUUUGACGACAACAAGCGCGCGGUUGGCGUCGAGUACACACCGAACGCUGAGUUCCAGGCAGUCAUUGGCCUCACUGCACACCCUGUCAAGACUAUCAAGGCUCGCAAGCUCGUCGUCGUAACUUGUGGCGCGUGCGGUACGCCACCGGUUCUUGAGCGCUCCGGUGUAGGCGAAAGGUCGAUUCUGGAAAGGGCCGGUGUUCCAGUUGUUGAAGAACUACCUGGUGUUGGCAAGGACUACCAGGAUCACCACCUGCUGCUCUACCCGUACAGGACAAGCUUGGAGCCGGAUCAGACGAUCGACGGCAUUUUAAGCGGACGGGUGGAUGCAACCGAGCUAGUCAAGAACAACGAUAAGACUCUGGGGUGGAAUGCAAUUGAUAUUGCGUCCAAACUUCGACCAACAGAAGAGGAGGUAGCUGGACUUGGACCUGAGUUCAAGGCAGCGUGGGAUCGCGACUUCAAGAACACACCAAACCGCCCACUCGUUCUAUGUGGUAUUGUUUCAUGUUUCCUCGGUGACCCGUCUUCCGUUCCUGAAGGCCAGUAUGUUACAGCUGGCGUAUACACAGCGUACCCAUACUCGCGCGGACAUAUGCAUAUCACCGGCUCUUCCGUUGAGGACCCACUCGACUUCGACGUUGGAUUCUUCAACGACGAUCACGACAUCGAUGUGAAGAAGCAGAUUUGGGCGUACAAGAAGCAACGUGAGAUCCUGCGACGAACCGACCUCUAUCGCGGCGAGCUGGCUGCUGGUCACCCAAGAUUUCCCGAGGGAUCAAAGGCUGCUGCUGUCGAGUUUGAAGAGCCGUUAUCAAAUGUACAGAACCUGGUUUAUUCACAAGAAGAUGACGCUGCUAUCGAGCAGUGGCUGCGUGAGAACGUCAACACCACAUGGCACUCGCUGGGAACGUGCAAGAUGGCACCAAGGGAAGAAAAUGGCGUCGUGGACAGCAAGCUGAACGUGUACGGUGUCUCUGGUUUGAAGAUCGCAGAUCUGAGUAUACCGCCGCAGAACGUUGGUGCAAACACGAACAACACUGCAUUGGCGAUUGGAGAGAAGGCCGCAGAUAUAAUCAUUGCUGAGCUGAGCGCUGCAGGUACGCCCUGA